GCUAGAGCCUGAUCCUAGGCAGUGAUAGACUUCAAGGCGGAUCGAGAUAUAGUUCACCUGGAACAUCGAGCAGCAGCGGCCUGGAGAAUGUCGGAAUCUCCCCAUUCGUCAGAGGUACAUAGGGACGAGCCGCCUAGGAAACGAGUCAAGUUGGCAUGUCAGGCUUGUCAAAAAAAGAGGACGAAAUGCGAUGGAGCUAGUCCGAGGUGUGGAGCAUGCGAAAGCCAAGACUUCGAAUGCAACUAUGUCGAAUCCGGUGUCAAACGCGGACCACCGAAAGGGUUCCGACCGAGAGUCCGGACAGCUACAAACUCAGCAUCUUUGGAUGAUCCACCUUUCCCUCAGCCUCCUACGGCUUCCUCGUCCACCUCUCAUCUAUUAAAAUCCCCCAAAGGGCCGUCUAGGACCAGAUAUUCGGACAACGACCCGGACGCUUUCGAAUCAGCAGCAGGUUCAUCAACCCGGACGCGACCUGACAGACAUCAAAACAGAGGUCCGGAGGAUGCUCAACAGGCCGAACAGGAGAAGGAGAGGUUCGGACCGGGGACGAAGAUUGGCCAGGGGAUCGCGCAUGAGCCGAGAUCGAGAGGUGUGCCCGGAUUGACGGCGGCUGGACAAGAGUACUUGUUGACGAUAUACUGGACGCAUAUUCAUAACAUCUGGCCGCUCAUCUACAAACCCCUCUUUGUACCCUCUCAAACACACCCAGCGUUACUGUAUAGUAUGCUAUCCAUCGCCAGCGUCAUCUCCGUACCCAUCAACUCCGCCACACCCUCGCUUCCCACUGCAGACACCCUCUUCCAGACGGCUCUCCAUCACAUACACAAGCUCACGACCAUCACCCCGUCUCAUGCUUAUCACCUGGCCGGAGGAGGGAAACGGUCCCACAUCUUUCUGUGCCAGGCGUAUGUUCUCAUGAGCUUGCGACAGACCCGGAUGGGUGACAAGGCGUCGGCAUACCUUUACGCUAGCAUGGCGAGCGGGAUGUGCCUCGAGUUGGGGUUGCAUAGGAGGGUUGGGUGGGGAUCGGGGGCGACGGGGAAAAAGCAGAGUCAAGCGGACGAGGAGCUCCGUUCACGCGUCUGGUGGUGUUGCUACAUUCUCGACAAGGUCUUGGCAGAAGAGACCGGAAGACCUGUCCUCCUUCAUGCAAGGCGUUCCACGACCCCCCUGCCCGCCUCGGCAGAAGCGGACGAAUACGAAUUAUGGCCACCACCGUCGGCUUCUGCUUUCUUGCCUUCGAGGUCGCUGAAUCGGGAAAGGUAUGAGGACGGGACAAAGUCGGAUCGGUAUGGCUCGGCGACGGUCUUCGAACCCGCUCAGGGUCGGUUAUUGAGCGCCUUUCAGACGACUUGCAAGCUCGGGGUAAUCGUCGAAGAAAUUCUCGACCUCGACGAAGAAGGACCUCGGUACGAGCGGUCUACGGGAACGGGGAAGGAUGAAGAGGAAGAGUUUCAGAAGAAGAGCAUGGAGUCGGCUUUGAGGAAAAAGGACGCGUUAGCGAAAGCGCUGGAGGACUGGUAUGCGGAUUUGCCUGACCAGUUGAACGUGGAUGUGUCGAUACCACGGCCGGCUCCUACGCAUCUGAUCGUCAAUCUAGCGUGGUAUCACUCUGCUGUAAUCUUGCUACACUCGCGCUUCAUCUCCCUGAAGCCCGACCCGAAUCCGACGACCGGGGCGAGCCAGACGGGACUUUAUGGGGAAUGUCAUCUGCUCUGUGCCAAUGCGGCGGAAUCGAUCGUCGCGCUGGUGCAGGUAUUGGAGAGAAACAAGCUGUUGGAGCAGAUCAGUAGUGAUGUGAUCCAUAUGCUGAGUCAGGCCGCAUUGUUCCAUGCCUACAAUUCGUCCUUACCAGACGUCGGAAUGGCUAACCGGGCCAAACUGAACUUUUCACAAUGUUGUUUGUGGAUGAGGGAUUUGAGCAGAUCUUGGCCGCCAGCGAGUUCUCAUAGGAUCUUCUUCGAAGGCUUGAUCCAAGGAGGACUCGAAUUGUCGGAAAACACGACCAAUACACAACAACCUCAAUUGGUCAGGUCAGAUCCGCCUGUAUCAGUAGGCCACCGAAACUCGAUUGGAGGCGAUGUCACUCUAGCUCCAGCCGCGCCUACGCUAGCGCCGUCAGCUUCGAUCGACUUUCUCACCUCGUCCGACAGCAACAAUACGGCUCAGGGCAGUGAUCACGCUGCCGUCGCCGCUGCUGCACUCGCACAGGCUCAGGAAGGGAUUCGACUUGCAGAUCAGACCGCUCAAAAUUCCUGGCCGUCGGAUCUACUCCAACUACCCUCAGCCUACUGGAACGAUGCGUUACCCAAUGCUACGAUGGAUCUGCAGGGUCAAGACUAUGUCGACUUCAGUCCAGCAACCGGAUUCAGUGACAUUUCCUUCAACAGCUUUCACGCCACCCCAGAGAUGGCAAGGACGAAUGGAACGUUUCCGAGGCAAAAGACGCCCAAUACCACGCUGGCCCCGCUGCAAGGAUUCGACUUUGAUAAUCCGGGUCAGGAUACCGAAGCGAGUAAUUUCCUGGUAUCAUGGAUGCUGGGAGCUCUGGGUCGGCAGUAAUUGUUCCAAACAACAACAAAUCAGCGUUUGUCAAGUGUGUUCAUGAGCCUGGACCCUAUCGAUUUGUCCACGCUGUCAUGUCCGCUGGGCUGCUGUACGAUAUGAGUCGGGCGCUAUAUCAGGAGAGUAGAGGAUGAUUCAACCGGCAGCAGAAUUUGCCUCCGAUCAGAUAUCAUUGCGAUCAGCGAUCAUGGACAUGAGUUCAUGAGUUAUGAAU